AUGACGAAAUUUUUAGUUCGGGGCAUGAUGAAAAAGCGCCAAGGGAAGGACAGGGUGGUGGUGGUAUUGGGUGCCAACGGCACAGGUCUCAAGGGCCUAUACAUAGUAACCAAUAAGGUGAGCAAUGAGGAAUGCCGCGACGUGCCGCACCAUUUGCUCGGAAUCAUUGAUCCCGAGGUGGAUUUCACUGUACAUGAUUUUGUGCAUCAUGCAUUACUGGCUGCUGAUGCCAUCGUACAAAAGAAUCAGUUUCCAAUCAUUGCUGGAGGGUCCAGUUCCUUCGUACAGGCACUUGUCAAUGACAACACUGAGUUUUCCUCCAAGUACGAGUGUUGCUUUCUCUGGAUGGACGUGGCGAUCCCGGUCUUGCAUUCGUACAUGUCGAAAAAGGUUGAUCAGAUAGGUGGAUAG